AUGGGUAUCCCCAGUUUAGCGGAUUCAUCGUCUUCGAUCUCAAAAGGGCUCUCAGAGAUUACCUCGAUCUUCCUCGAUUACGCCAAGAAAAAUGAGGUGUUUGAUUGGAUGGUCGGUGUUCGGAGAAAGAUCCACGAGAAUCCGGAACUGGGUUAUGAGGAAUUUGAGACCAGUAAGCUUGUUAGAACGGAGCUGGACAAGAUGGGUAUUCCUUUCAAGCACCCAAUUGCUGUAACCGGCGUGGUUGGCUUCAUCGGUUCCGGCCAGCCCCCCUUUGUUGCUCUUCGGGCGGAUAUGGAUGCUCUCUCUAUGCAGGAAAUGGUGGAGUGGGAGCACAAAAGUAAAAUUCCUGGAAAAAUGCAUGCCUGUGGGCACGACGCCCAUGUCACCAUGCUUCUUGGAGCUGCAAAGAUUCUUCAAGAUCACAAGGAGCUCUUAGAGGGGACAGUUCUUCUUGUCUUCCAACCAGCUGAGGAAGGAGGGGGAGGGGCAAAGAAAAUGCUAGAGUCUGGAUUACUUGAGAAUGUUGAAGCUAUAUUUGGAAUACAUGUCUCUCCGGACCACUCCAUUGGUGAAGUUGCCUCCAGACCAGGACCACUUUUGGCUGGGAGUGGCUUUUUUGAAGCGGUGAUAAGUGGAAAAGGAGGUCAUGCAGCCAUUCCCCAGCACUCAAUUGACCCAAUUUUGGCAGCUUCAAAUGUGAUUGUCAGCUUACAACAUCUUGUUUCUCGAGAAGCUGAUCCUCUGGAUUCUCAGGUGGUAACAGUAGGUAAAUUUAAUGGAGGUGGCGCAUUUAAUGUUAUUCCAGAUUCUGUCACCAUAGGAGGCACCUUCCGAGCCUUCUCAAUGGAAAGCUUGAUGCGGCUCAGGCAGCGAAUUGAAGAGAGGUGCACCGCAACUGUUGAUUUCCUUGAGAAGGAGAAACCAUUCUUCCCCUCCACCACAAAUGACAAAGGCUUGCAUGAAUUUUUCAGAAAGGUUGCAGGAGAGGUUCUUGGAGUUCCUAACGUCAAGGAAAUGCAACCUUUUAUGGGUUCGGAGGAUUUCUCAUUUUACCAAGAGGUAAUACCAGGUUACUUCUUUUUCCUUGGUAUGAAGGAUGAAACAACUGGCAAGCUUCCAGCGCUGCACUCUCCCUUCUUCAGGGUCAAUGAGAAAUUACUUCCUUAUGGAGCAGCCCUUCAUGCAUCUCUAGCCACCACCUAUCUACUUCAACUCCAACCAACCACGACCAUCAAAGGUGGAGAACAUUACGACGAGCUGUGA